UUUCUUUCUUCAUGCAAACGUCAGAAUCAAGAAUUUGGCUGAAUCGGGCAAGAGGGUUGUUGGCGCGGCGAGUACGCACGUGCGUACGCGAGGACGAGAAAUGAGUAAGAAACGGAACAGGGAGCCAGAUGCGAAUCUUGAUAUCAGCGAAGCCUCCACCGAGUCUUGCGAGGAAGCGAGUGCAGGUACAAAAUGUUUGCAUAUAGCAAAGGCUGUCAAUCUGAACAAAGUAAAGAAGAACAUAAAGAAGACUGGAAUAUUGAGCGAAUGCUCUGUUUGUAAGAAAUUAGAAGCAGACUUGAAAAAAACAGAGGAGACUUACAUCUUGAAGCCAUUAUGGAUUUGCUUACAAUGCGGAGAACAAAGUUGUGGCAAAGAACAGAAACAGCAUGCUAUGGAGCAUUACAAAAAACCUCACAGCGACUGUCAUUGCAUACUGACAGACAUUCAUCAUUGGAGUGUUUGGUGCUAUCAGUGUGAAAUUGAACUUUAUCCUAGUAGCAGUAAAAAGCUGUUGGAAACUUUUGAAUUUAUCAAAAAAUGUGUCUCCAUACCGCAAAUACCGCUGCAACAAUUAAAAACACCAGUAAUCCAGUGCCAAACAGAGAUAAUAACUGAUGUUCAGGAAAAAGAGAAGCACAAAACGUUAAACAAUUUUCCUAAAGUUGGGGGGUUAGCAAAUCUGGGAAACACCUGCUUCUUCAAUGCUGUGCUUCAGUGUCUAGCACAGACUCCUUAUUUGAUGAAGGUGCUGGAUGAUCUACGUUUACCUGGUCAAAAAUUUGUCUUACCAGGUGGAAAACAUAAACCUCUUGAUGCUGAAGAAGAAAUGGAACUUCCACCAAUUGAGGGGACUUUGGAGAGAUGGGGAAGUUUUACAUCAAUUUUAUGCGAAACCUUAUCCAAAAUGCAGAACACUAAUGGCUAUCAGACAUAUACACCUCUGAAUCUUCUCUGUAAGCUUAGAAAAAAAACUACACAAUGCGUUGACGGAGGGCAACACGACUCGCACGAGUUACUGCGACAUUUACUGGAAAUAGUACGAAAUGAAGAUCUUCGGAGAUAUCAGAUCAUAAUUCUGAAAGAAGUAGGCCUGAGUGAAAAAACAAAACCAGAUUGCGUGGAGAAGGGCUUGAAAUCUCGUAUAAAAUUCUACGGCAAUCAGGCUAGCACGCGACUACUGGGACCAGAAGCAAUAUUUCGUGGCGUAUUGGUGUCUACUUUACAGUGUUUGGAUUGUCAUCACUCAUCGCAACGCACCGAGCCAUUCCUGGACCUGAGCCUGCCCGUCACAGCGGACAAACCACAGCCGCCACUCUUGAAAAGAAAAAACAGUGAAGCUGAAACCUUCGAUACGAUAAGCAAUCAACAACGCGAUUAUCAAGCUCUGGAUACAUCUUGGAAGCAGUUAAAAAAAGAAAAGAAGGCAGCCAGGAAAAAUCGAAAGCUGAAAAGGAAUGAGAAUCAUAAUUAUGUGUUGAAAGAUUCAAAUAAUUCUAUGGAAGAAAAUAAUGACAACAUUCCGAAGUCAGAAGAGAGUGACGCUGACGUGGAGGAUAAUAUCGAAGUGGAUAAUUCUCAUCCAGAAAUCGGGGAAUCCGGAUACAGUUCGGAGAAAGCGUCCGCUGUUACCAGUCCUAUAUCUCUUACCGAUCAUCAUCAGCAUCAUUCAAGCAACGACUUCAAUAACGAUGUUGACACUCUGACCAGUCUGGAAGACGGUAAUCUGGGUAACAAUGCGGACACAACCAAAAUUAGACAUCUGGUGAACAUUAACGUGUUACCUAGUCCUAGUCCGACCGACGUAUCGAUGACAGACUUGACUCAGAUAAGAAUGCCGUCAGAGAAACUCGACGGGAAUGUCGGAUCGGUUAGCUCCGAGAACGAAGCGUCGGCCACGGCAUUAUCUACCAUGAUUCCCAAUUCCGACAUCACAAGCCCCGAAGCGCCCACUGCAAGUUUAAGCAGCUCCGUUGCUUCUAAGGAGAGCCCCACCAGUCCUGUCAAUGACACAGAAAGAUUGGACGGUAUCGAAACUUGGAUGGCAACUACUCUAUCAAAGUGCAAUAGAAAGAAAUACAAUAACGGAACUUCUAAUGGUGAUGAUCCCGAAGAGCAGGACUUGUAUAAUGAACUCGGCGAUAUAAUGACGGGAAUGUCUAGAUUGGGAAUUUCUGAACAUCAAUCGUCUGGCAGAUAUACAACCAAGGAAGGCGAAUGUUCUGUGGAAUCAUGUUUAAAUCAAUUUACUGCAUUAGAAUUAAUGACGGGAAGCAACAAAGUCGUGUGCGAAGCGUGCACAGCUCGCCAAAAGAAGAAUCAGGAGAACUUGACCAAGAUGGUAUGCACUUCGAAUACCAAGCAAUAUCUCAUCUCUCAAGUACCUCCAGUGUUGAUAUUGCAUCUGAAGAGGUUUCAAACGCAGAGAGUUGGCUUUCGGAAGGUUUUCAAGCAUGUUUCAUUUCCGAUGUUAUUGAACUUGGCACCGGUUUGCACGAAUCAAAAAAAACCUCGACUUUAUGCGCUUUAUGGGGUCGUCGAGCACAGUGGUACCGUUCAUGGUGGUCACUACGUUGCUUAUGUCAAGACAAGACUGCCAUUACCACCAGAUGAUCUCCGAUGGAAUUUUCUUCCUAAGGAUAAGAAUCCUAAGCCGGAUGAUAAAUCGGAUAGUACCAAUUCAGAUUCGGAAGUAGAGGAAACAUCGGCGAAAGCCGCGUCUGUUGUAGAACCACCACCUGGAAGAUGGUAUUUUGUAUCAGAUUCUCGGGUAUCGGAAGUAGAUGAGAGUACAGUGCUGCAAAGUCAAGCAUAUCUCUUAUUCUACGAAAGAAUUCUCUGAUUUAAUGGAACGAAGCUGGAGAAGAUUGAAGAAAAUCGAUGGAGUCAUUUUCGCAUUUCUGAUUUUCGAGAAGAAAGAAAACAAACUUUUAAUGAAAUUCUGAAUUCUACAAUUUUUUACAUCAUAUUGCAUGCUAUUGAAUAUAUGAUGAAUGUAACUAUAAUUUUAUUGGUUAUAUGUACAUUGCGAGAAAAAGAACUGGAGACUAUUAGAAAUAAUUGAAAAAAGUUGUGUGUUUCUUACGCCUUAGUGAUAAAUGUAUUAAUUAUAAAAAAUUAAUUUUUUUACAAACUU